UAACAUCACAUUCAUAUUCCACAUUCGAAUUUUCCCCGUAAAAAAAAAUACACAAGUAGACGAUAUGCCCUCCCACGUGGAACUGACGCUGGAGCAGCUGGUGAGGAUUGCUGUGGGUGUGCCGGAGAUGACACACGUGAAUGUGGCGGUGCUGCACAGUCUGCUGAAUGUGCUGCUGAAGAAACUGAACUGCCAGGACGAUCUGGUGACCAUUGGCGGGUUCGAGGGCAAGUGCAUGGAGCGAAUACUGGAGCAGUCCAAGUACUCGCCCCUGCCCUUCGACGUGGCGGCCAUUGUGCCCAUCUCGGAGCAGCUGGGCAAGGUGGAGCAGCUGGAGAAGCGCAUCGCGGAUCUGGAGAAGAACCUGGAGUGCCACUUCAAGCAGAUACGUGUCUGCAACCAGGCCAAGGGCAAGAAGUUCCAGUCGAAGAUGUGGGAGAAGUACGCCUCGCCCUGCGAGGACCUCUGCACCACCUGUGACGAGGACAACAAGAUCGCCUGCAGCCUGCUGGCCAACGUCGACUUCAUGAAGAAACUGAUGCGCCAAAUCGCCGGCCCCAUCCUCCUUCAAAUGGAGGAGGUGGGCAAGCGCCUGGACAAGUUCUACGAGACCCUCAAGGAGUUUCUGCGCCAGACCGAAGCGCUCUUCCAGCGCCUCGAGGUGAUCAAGCAGUGCAUCAUGGAGAUCGAGAGCCUGCGCAUCCAGCUGCAGGAGUACAACAUGACCUUCAUCGGCACCAUGGAGGAGCUGCAGGACAUGUUGGACAGCAAGCUGGACAAGGUCCACAUGCCGGCCCUCAAGAUGUACAUCCGCGAUCGCUUCGACGACAUCGAAAUGCGCCUGCGCAUGAUCGAGAACAAGGAGACCUGCCCGCGGGCCGCAGGAUUCAUCAAUUCGGGCCUCUGCUGCAUCUCCUGCGGCAGCACCCGUGUCGGCGCCGAUGUUGGCCCCCAGGUCGUUGGCCUGCUGCCCGACGCCCCCGCUCGCGGACACCCGUCCGUGGUCUCAAAGCCGGUCCACUGCCACAAGAACCUCGUGUGCCGCUCCCUCGAGAAGGAGCCCACUCUGAUGGUGCGCUUGAAGAACCUCGACCUGGACGUUCUUGCCUCCCGACUCAACCGCCCCCACCACGGGAAGGUAUGCAAACUGCCCGAAGCCAAUGACACCAUCUACGGUCUGCGUAAUUCCUGUUAUUCUGGUUAACUAUUGCCCGCCCCUGACCACCCCACCCCACUGUUCACCAUAUGUUAGUCCCGAUGCCAAUCCCAAUCCCAAUCCAAACCCAAAUCCAAAUCGUUUCGUUUAAGCAAUAAAACAUAAGACCCCUCGUCUCUCAGGCCACUCUCAAGGCUGUUUCCGCUAA